CCUAGUAACCCACAUGGAGACCGAGUUCCUUGUGUUUUGAGUUUCGGCGCCUAUUGCGGCGGCUAGAAUUAAUCAGAAACAUAACAGACAUUUUACUUACAUUUACACUCGUUUUUACGUUUUCACGCAGCGCAUUAGUGCAGCUAACACAACUAUGAAGAUAGAAGAGGUUAAAAGUACCACAAAAACUCAGCGGAUCGCAUCUCACAGUCACGUCAAAGGACUCGGAUUAGACGAGGCCGGGAAUGCUAAACAGACUGCAUGCGGUCUAGUUGGCCAGGAGGCUGCUAGAGAGGCCUGUGGCAUUAUAGUCGAGCUGAUCCGUUCAAAAAAGAUGGCUGGACGGGCAGUGUUGCUGGCUGGACCCCCUGGUACAGGAAAGACUGCCCUUGCCUUGGCUGUAGCACAGGAGUUGGGAAACAAGGUGCCUUUCUGUCCUAUGGUUGGCAGUGAGGUCUACUCAUCUGAAAUUAAAAAAACAGAAGUACUCAUGGAAAAUUUCAGGAGGGCCAUUGGACUGCGAAUCAAAGAGACCAAGGAGGUGUAUGAAGGGGAGGUGACAGAGCUGACCCCCUGUGAGACUGAGAAUCCUAUGGGUGGUUACGGAAAAACCAUCAGCCACGUCAUCAUUGGUCUGAAGACGGGCAAAGGCACCAAGCAGCUCAAGCUUGAUCCCAGUAUUUAUGAGAGUCUUCAAAAGGAACGUGUGGAAGUGGGAGAUGUCAUCUACAUUGAAGCCAACAGUGGAGCUGUCAAGAGGCAAGGUCGUUGCGACACCUUCGCGACAGAGUUUGAUCUGGAAGCCGAAGAAUAUGUGCCGCUGCCUAAAGGUGAUGUUCACAAAAAGAAGGAGAUCGUCCAAGAUGUGACGCUGCACGACCUGGAUGUCGCAAAUGCCCGGCCCCAGGGAGGUCAAGACAUUCUCUCCAUGAUGGGUCAACUGAUGAAGCCAAAAAAGACAGAAAUCACAGAUAAGCUGCGUGCAGAAAUCAACAAGGUGGUGAAUCGCUACAUUGAUCAAGGUGUAGCUGAGCUUGUGCCUGGGGUUCUGUUUGUGGAUGAGGUGCACAUGCUGGAUAUCGAAUGCUUCACCUACCUCCACAGGGCACUGGAGAGCACCAUCGCCCCCAUUGUUGUGUUCGCCUCCAACAGGGGAAACUGUUUAAUCAGGGGCACAGAGGACAUCAGCUCUCCACAUGGGAUUCCUCUGGACUUGCUGGACAGGGUCAUGAUAAUCCGCACCAUGUUAUACACACCACAGGAGAUGAAGCAGAUCAUCAAGAUUCGUGCUCAGACUGAGGGGAUCAAUAUCAGCGAGGAAGCGCUUACACACCUGGCAGAGAUUGGCACAAAGACCACUCUCAGAUACGCCGUGCAGCUGCUGACUCCGGCCAGUUUGCUGGGACGUGUUCAGGGGAAAGAAACGGUGGAGAGAGAGCAGGUGGAGGAAAUCAACGAGUUAUUCUAUGACGCCAAAUCCUCGGCCAAAAUCCUCCAAGACCAGCAUCACAAGUUUAUGAAAUAAAGCGGCCUUUUUGUAGCAGGAGCAAUGCGGUGUCCAUGUUCUCAGUUAUUACAUGGUUUGCUUUUCUUUUUUUAUGUUUCCACCUUUACUGUCCUGAUCACUGCUAACUUCCUGUAGUAUUUUUGUUCUAUUAAAUUGUAAGUUUUAUUCUGUUUGUUUAAUAAAAUAAUUUUAAAUAAAAGAAAUGCAAACAUGA